UUCGCCUCUGAUUAGAAAGCCUUGGAAGCGGGUGGGACCGGGCACCGCUCGUCAGACAGCUGCACGGCUCGGCUGCGGUGGAAGACGCAGCGGCUCCUCUCGAGUUGCAAAGUUAAAUGUUCGAGUGGACGAUCUGAACCGAGCAGCAGGAUGUCUGAGUUUAGCGAGGAGCCGCGCUUCACUAUUGAGCAGAUAGAUCUGCUGCAGCGGCUGCGGCGCUCCGGCAUGACCAAGCAGGAGAUCCUGCACGCGCUCGACACUCUGGACCGGCUGGACCGGGAGCAUGGCGACAAGUUUGGUCGCCGCACCUCUUCUUCCUCAUCUUCCUCAUCCUCCUACGGAGUAGGCGGGGCAAGCAGCUGCAACAACAAUUCUGCCUCGAACACAACUACCACAUUCAACAAUAACAACACUGCCUCGGCAACAACCACCUCUCCCGUGACAUGCAACGGCAACAGCGGCGCCAUCAGCAUCGUCGAAAGAAGCGCUAGCGUUCACUCUGCGGCCGCCGCCACUUCGACAACCUCCAAAAUCUCCACCGCCUCACAGACGCAGUUCGGCAGCAGCGGGGGACUCUCGCUGUCUCCUAGCAACAGCUACGACACAUCCCCUCCUCCAGGGCCGCCACCGCCCUCUGCAAUCCUGCCAUCACCAGUCAGCUUGGUGGCGCUGUCGCAGAACGGGCGUGAUAGCUUAGCUGCUACACCCAACGGGAAGCUGUCUCCUCCACGGUAUCCGGUGAACAGCGCGGCCGCAGCGAGGGCUUUUGGGUUCGAAGCCACAGAGGAAGACCUGGACAUUGACGACAAGGUGGAGGAACUGAUCAGGAGGGACAGCAGUAUGGUGAAGGAGGAGAUCAAAGCGUUCCUGGGGAACAGGAGGAUCUCUCAGGCAGUCGUGGCACAAGUUACCGGCAUCAGCCAGAGCAGGAUCUCCCAUUGGCUACUGCAGCACGGCUCUGACCUAAGCGAGCAGAAGAAGAGGGCCUUCUACCGCUGGUACACGCUGGAGAAAACCACACCAGGUGCCACCCUCAACAUGCGGCCGGCUCCGUUGCCUCUGGAGGAGAUGGAGUGGAGGCAAACCCCGCCCCCCCUCACCAAUACCCCCGGCACCUUCCGGCUGCGUCGGGGAAGUCGCUUCACUUGGAGGAAAGAGUGCCUGGCCGUGAUGGAGAGCUACUUCAACGACAACCAGUACCCAGACGAGGCCAAGCGGGAGGAGAUUGCAAACGCCUGCAACGCUGUGAUUCAGAAACCAGGGAAGAAGCUGUCCGAUCUGGAGCGGGUCACCUCGCUGAAAGUUUACAACUGGUUCGCCAACCGCCGCAAAGAGAUCAAGAGACGGGCCAACAUUGAAGCCACAAUCCUGGAGAGUCAUGGUAUAGAUGUCCAGAGUCCUGGAGGACACUCCAACAGCGACGACAUCGAUGGGAAUGACUUCACAGAGCAGGCCUGUGACCUUCCCUAUUUCGACAAGAGACCUCUCAGCCGACCGUUUGGCCUUUACCGACUGGAGCCCACCUCACCAACACAGGAUGACAGCGCAGCCCACAGCGAGCACCAGGACCCCAUCUCUCUCGCUGUAGAGAUGGCCGCCGUCAACCACACCAUCCUGGCCCUGUCCAGAACCGGGGGGGUCCCCAGCGACAUCAAGACGGAGUCCCUGGAGGACGAAUGAACUGCACGGGAUGGAGGGAGGAGUAGAAAAGUUUGGAAACGGGGGAGGGCUUCAAAAAGACAGACUGAACUAAU